AUGACGACCUGGGAGAACCGCGACGUGACGGACAACCACCUCCUGCCAUACGUGGACUCGUCCACGGCACCGGACGAUGUCCGCGCCGCCCUCAAGACGCUCCCCUUUGAGCGCAACAUCUUCAAGCUACUGGCAAAUGCGCCCACGUUCUUCCCCACCUUCAUGAAGCUCUUGACAUGUGCCUGGUCUCCCAACCGCAGUCUCCGCUCGACCGACUGGCAGCUGGUGGUCCUGCGCACGGCGUCUCUGCUGGACGCUCCCUACGAGUGGGAUGUCAACGAGCCCGUGGCCCGCGUCUUUGGCUACACUGAUGCGCACUUGGCGUGUCUGCGCUCCGGGGACCUCUCGAGCACUGAGCUGUUCACCGAUCGCCAGCGGCUGAUUAGUGCAAUCGUGGAGGAUCUGUGUCUGAAGAAUCGUGUUGGCACUGAGCUCGUUGAGAAGGCCAAGGCGGUGCUGGGCGGAGAGGCCCUCAUGGAUCUCUUCUACACCCAGGGCAUCUACGCCUUCCUGGCGCGCACCAUGAACAGCUGCCACAUUGAUUUUGAUGCGCCCAUUCCGGGACUGGAGGAGCAGCUGCGGAAGUACAAUGCUGCUAUUAUCGAGAAGGAGAGCAAGUAUACCGAUUGA